AUGGGUGCCGGCAGCAGUGUGGCAUCGCAAGGCAAGAGGGAAGCCUCACACCACUUCUCUUUCGGAGCGAACAUCGUGAUCUUCACAUCAGUUCUCUGGCGCAUCGCCGCAGAGACACCCGAGUCCGCGCGCUCAUGCCUCCGGAGGUGGGGGCCCUUUAUCCUUGCCACUUUCGGCUGCUGCUUGGUCAUGUGGGAUUCUUUUCGGCACAUCUUGCUCGACCAUGGUGGAGUCCUCUUUCCAGAGGAAGUGUUGGCAAUGUACCGUGACGACGGUGGGCUGACAACAAUGGGCCACAUCAGCCAGUUCACAACGAUCACAGGGCCGUGGUCUCAUAUUCAGUGCAGAGUAAGUGGCCGGUAG